UACUCCUCACGUCUAUCGUCAACAUCUUGCCAUAUCCGGUCUUCUUGCCAUCGCUUUUCAUCGUGUUGGACCACUCGCUCUUCCUUGUCUUCCUUCUCUGCUUAGCAAACUUGCGCACAUAUAUAUUCACACGCGACGCCGACUCCUUUACAGGAUCCUGAUUCCUGAUUCCUGAAUUCCUCACGAUCUCUCUGUUCCUGCAUCUAAUUAGCUUCCAGGCGAUGGCAGACUUCCAAGGCGCCGGUAAUCCGUUGUACAGUUGCUGGAACUGCCGGAAUCCGCUGGCGUAUCGCGACGAUCUUCUCUCUAAAGCCUUCCAGACCAAGUCUGGGCCUGGCUAUUUGUUUGAUCACGCAAUGAACGUUGUAUUGGGGCGCAAAGAAGAUAGAGAACUUAUAACCGGUCGUUUUACUGUUUGCGACAUCUAUUGUAGCAAAUGUGGGAUCGAGCUAGGUUGGAAAUACGUUCGAGCAUUUGAGGCUAGCCAAAGGUACAAAGAAGGAAAAUUUAUAGUCGAGAAGGUUAAGAUUUUUAAGACGCAAUUCUAAUUAGCACAUUUGCCCUUGUUGUCUUAUAUACUGUGGCAGGCAGAAUGAAAAUAAUUUAUCUAUCCAUGUGUGAAUUUAUAUAUGCUGUUAUUUAUGAAGACUCCUAGUCACUACAUGUAACAUGUGAAAAGAGAUAUAUUAUUAGUAGAAUUAAAGGAGGGCAAUGCUCUUUGUCUUUUA